UAGUCGAUGACGUAGUAUACAUGCGACACCGGCUUUCACGUGCGGAUUUUCGACCUUUACACUAGAAAUCUUUCAUUUCAUUUUGAUUGGACGCAUGUCCCGCAGGUGACAAUGCUUCUGGUUGGAAGAACUGUGCAGACAGUAGUCCGGAGAAACCUCUGCAGACCAUUUUCUGCUUCAAAGAAUUACCUGCACGAGCGGAAAGGUCUGGUGCUGGGAGUAUUUGAGGAUGAAGGAGAAGAGGGCCGCCUUCAACUGACAGAAGCAGCAGCACACUUUAAUCAGUCUGUAUCCGGAAAACUUUCAGAACUGCUGCAGAUCUCUGGACCAAAGCUCAAAAAAGGCAAAAGCAGAAUAUUUUAUGGAAUUCACAAGGACUUCCCAUGUGUAGCAGUAGUUGGUUUGGGCAAAAACGAUGCAGGUGUGUGUGGGGCUGAGAACUGGGACACCAGCAAGGAGAGCAUUAGACAAGGAAUGGCUGCUGGCUGCCAGUUACUUCAGGAACUAGAGUUGAACUCGGUUGAGGUGGACGGGUGCGGCGAUGCCCAGUCGGCGGCAGAAGGAGCCACGCUGGGUCUGUUUCACUUUGACCAACUAAAGUCCAAGAAGAAAACCAAAGUAUCACUGCAGCUCCAUGGAAGUGCUGAUGCUGAAGGCUGGGAGAAGGGUAUUACUUAUGCUGAGGGCCAAAAUCUGGCCCGACUUCUCAUGGAGGCUCCUGCCAAUCACAUGACUCCCACUGCUUUUGCCAACAUUAUCGAGGAGAAACUAGCCCCACAUGCCGAACGAGUCACAAUCAAUAAGAGAGCCCAGGACUGGAUCAAGGAGCAGCAGAUGGGAGCCUUCCUCAGUGUGUCCAAAGGUUCAGAGGAGCCUCCGGUCUUUUUGGAGCUUCAUUACAACGGGUCACCUGACAGUAAAGAGCCACCCCUGCUGCUCGUGGGCAAGGGCAUCACAUUUGACAGCGGUGGUAUUUCCCUCAAGCCCUCUCCCUCCAUGGACGCAAUGAGAGCCGACAUGGGUGGAGCUGCCACGGUGUGUGCAUCCAUCGUCACAGCAGCAGCUCUGAAGCUGCCAGUCAACAUUAUUGGUCUGGCUCCACUUUGUGAGAACAUGCCUAGUGGAAAGGCUACCAAACCCGGUGAUGUGGUUACUGCCAAGAAUGGGAAAACCAUCCAGGUUGAUAAUACAGAUGCUGAAGGCAGACUGAUUCUCGCUGAUGCUCUGUGUUAUGGACAUAGUUUCAACCCCAGAGCCAUUGUCAAUGUCGCCACUUUAACAGGUGCAAUGGAUGUAGCCCUCGGCUCAGCAGCAACUGGUGUCUUUACAAAUUCUAAUUGGCUCUGGGAGCAGCUGCACAAGGCUAGUGUUGUGACAGGUGACAGAGUGUGGCGGAUGCCUCUGUUCCAACACUACACCAAGCAGGUGACUGACAGCCAGCUGGCUGACCUUAACAACAUCGGCAAGUACAGUCGCUCUGGUGGCGCAUGCACAGCGGCGGCGUUUCUCAGGGAAUUUGUCACAGCUCCUCACUGGGCUCAUCUGGACAUCGCUGGAGUGAUGAGCAACAAAGAUGAAAUUCCCUACUUGAGGAAAGGCAUGUCUGGAAGACCAACGCGCACGCUGGUGGAGUUCGCCGCAAGUCUGGCCCAUGAUGGCUGAGGAUGUGAGAAACCAAAAGGUUUCACACCCAAGACAUGUAUGAACGUUAUGCAGAGGAACAAUUCAAUAUAAAAGCUACAAACACACAAACAUGUUUAGUACAACAGGUUGGUUGAAAUUGUGGUUUAUAGUAUUUUUAGCAAUAUUUUGUUCGACAUUUUGUGUUUCACUUUUAAUAAAAGUCUAAUGUAUGACUUA